AUGAAAUCUCUAAGAAUAAAUAAUCAAUAUAUAUUAUCGAGAAAAAUUGCAUCAGGGGCAUUUGGAUUUGUAAUGCUUGGUUUUGAUCAAAAAACAGGAUAAUAAGUAGCAAUUAAAAUUGAAAAACCUGAAAAUGAACAUAUCAGAUCUUUAGAAAAAGAAGUAGACAUAAUUCGGAAAUUAGAAGGUGUUUAGGGAGUACCUUAAAUGCUUUACUUUGGUAAAUAGGAUGACUUUAAUGUAUUGGUUUUACAACUUCUUUCUAAAGAUUUAUCUUCCUUGAUAAAACAAUAAAAGAAAUUUGGCCUCAAAACUAUUUUAUAGAUUGGGAUUAAAUUAGUUGAAAUACUGGAUGAUAUUCAUUAAAAAGGGGUAUUACAUAGAGAUUUAAAACCAGAAAAUAUUAUGAUUGAUGAAAAUAAUAAGUUCUACAUUAUAGAUUAUGGUAUAAGUAAAGCAUUUCUACGUAAAAACGGAGCACAUUUGUAAAAUAAUAAUAUAAUUAGACCUUUCAAAGACAGAUAACCCUUUAUUGGAACAUCUCGAUAUGCUUCGAUAGCAGCUCAUAAAGGAAAUGAGUUAGGAAGAAAGGAUGACUUGGAAUCUUUAAUUUACAUUUUAUUGUAUUUUUAUUUUGGGUAAAAAUGAAGAUUUUCAUUGUUUCAGUAAAUUGCCAUGGCAAAACAUAAAACAGAUACCAAGUGACUAAAAAAUUCAAAAAGUUGGUGAAAUUAAAUAAAAAUAGACUGCUGAUUUGUUUAAAAAUUUACCUGAAGAACUUAAAAAAAUAUAUGAGUAUUUUAUUAUGAUAUAUAUAUAGUUAUUUACGUAAACUUACAUAUGCCACAGAACCAGAUUAUAAAUCAAUAGUUAAAUUAUUUUAAUAAGCUGCUAGAAAUGGGAAGAUAACAAUUGAUUCAAUUUAUGAUUGGGAUAUCCAAAAUACUGCAUAGACAGAAAUAUAUUCUCGUUAUGGAACAAUAUAAUUUGAUGAUAAUUUUUAGAUAGAUAAAUAUCCAUCAAAUUAAUAAAUGUAUAUAUUUUAUCAUUCUAUAGAAACAUUAAAUAAAAUCAUAUUAAUCCAAAUAAAAGAAAAACUUUUUGUCCAUCUUUAAUUAAAUAAUCUUUUAAUUAGAAUCUCUUUUCAUUUGGAAAAGAAUAAAGUGGUUAAAGUAAUGGUAGUAGCCCAUUGGGUAAUAUUAAUAGUAUCAAUCAAUUAUCAAGAGAUGAAAUAAGUGAAGAUACUGAAUACAUAAUCCCAGAAGAAUUUUAAUAAAAUUAAGGUUUAAGGGUUAGAACAUUACCUGAUUAUUUGAAGAAGCCCAAAAUUAAGUAAAGACCAACUCAAACUCUUGUUUUUGAUGAUGAUUGGGUGAUGGACUCUGAUAGCCAUCUAGUGGAUAAUUAUAAGAAAUUAUAAUCUUUGAGUAAUCAAAUUACUACUAUUUUUCAAAAUAAAUAAAAAUGA